UUCGUAUAGCCAAGAUUCUGUGAUUGUGAUUGUGAGCUUACUUCUGGCGCAGAGCCAACAUUCUUCCACCAGCAAGCUUGCAUCAAUUGACCUGUCAACUCGGACACGACUACUAUUGCCUCGCGCACUUCUAAAGGCGUUAAUCAGACCGUCAGGGGGCUCUCAGCUGACUCUGUUUUCCGUUCUGGUGACCUGUACGGGCCUCGAGUUGCCGUGUCGUCCUCUGGCUAGGCGCGAUAUUAUCAGUGAAACGACGAGGGACGAUCUAAGGGUCGAGCCAGACGUGGAUGGACGAACUUAGGGUCGAGCCUGGCUGCGUUCGCUUCCCAUUCGAGGUGGGGAAGGAGCUACAGGGAUCGCUGUGCUUCACCAACCUCGCUGAUGGGCCGCGCGUGCUCAGACUCUCGUUCGCCGCCAACAGGCCGUACGGCAUCGUGGAUGGGGACACGUUCCUGCUGCCAUCCAAUACCUUCAAGGAGGUCAAAGUCACGUGUGCUGCGUUCUCCAAGCGCCCCUUCUGGUUCCCCACCGACUCAUUUCAGCUGGAGGUGUAUGAUGCUGGCACAGUGGCCGAGGUGCUUGCUCGUCCGGAGACAGCACGAUUGGGGCGCAAGCAGCUGCCAGUGACGUUCCUAGAGCCCAGCGCGCAGUCCCCCAACAUGCUGCGCUCGCCUUCGCAACCCCCGGCCGACCCUUCUCAACUGGAGCAGCAGCAGCUGUUGGCGUCAACGCAGGCGGCCCUGCAGGAGUGCGAGCAGUCGUUGCAGGUGCACCGUGAGGCGCUCAUGCUGCUCACCGGCAAGCUGGACCACCGGGGGGACGAGCUGGACGCGGCCAGGGUGAAGAUUCAGCAGCUGGACGACGGCCUUGCCACGGCAGAGCGACAGCUAACCAAGCUCCAGAACGAGUCCGCCAGUCGCUCUCGCUCCGUGCCUGAGAGUUUCUCCUCCUCGUCCUCUUCCGACGUGCGGGAGCUGCAGCGACUGCAGGGGCUGCUGGAGGCAGCAGAGGAGAGGGCCAAGGAUGCCAACAGUGAGUCCCGGCAGCUGUAUCUCGAGUGCGAGACAAUGCGAAGGCAACUGGAGGAGGAGCGGCGGCGCAGCAGCAGCAGUGUGCAGGGCACAGAGCAGGUGGAGGAGAAGCUAUUGGAGGCACUCGCAGCUGCAGACAGUGCCAGGCAACGCCUGGCAGCGGCUCUGCAGGACAAUGCAUUGCUGGAGGAGGCGAGGGUGCGUGUGGAGAGGGAGCGUGCGAGCCUGCACAUGCAGAUGCGGGCGGUGCGCGCAGAGAAGGUGGAGAUGGAGGGGCAGGUGGGCCGCCUGCAGCGCACGCUGGACAAACUCAGGGUCUCCCAAGUGCCACGACUUAGACUCAUUGCGGAUCUAGCAGCGACGCGCAUGCAGGGCGAGCGGCUGGAGGAGGAGAAGGCGCAGCUGCUGCAGCACAUGCGCGACAUGGAGGAGGAGCUCAGGCGGGCCACCCGGGGGCACACGGGCGAUUCUAGCGAAACGUCAUCCUUAGCUGGUGGUGAUAGUGCAGUAUUGACCGAUGGGGGGGAGGUCGAAGAGGGAGGAGCAGCUUCAGAAUCCAGGGCUUUAAACAUGGAGCAGCAACAUCAGCAGCAGCAGCAGUUAGUGGAGCUGGAGCAACGGCUGAGAGAGGAGGAGGAGAGGUGCAGGGAGCUGCAGGAGAGAGUGAGGGAGGCGGAGGAGAGGGUGCGGGAGAGCGAGGGGAGGGCGCGGGACGUGGAGGAGAGGGAGGUGGAGGUGGUGGAGUGGGAGAAAGACCUAGAGGAGAAGGAGAGGCAGCUGGCGGCGAGAGAGGCCAUGAUGCUCAAGGGAGGGAGUGUGGGUAGCAGCAUCGGGAGCAGGAGAGGAGGGGAGAGCGGGGAGGUGGUGGUAGGAUUCAGUGGAUCGCAGUUCGACCAGGAGCAUUUUCAGGAUGAGGAGCAGAAAGAGGCAAGCACACCCAGCCAAGAGGAGCGCAUGAAAGAGCAGGAGGGCGCAAUUCUAGACCUGCUAGGGAAGGUGCAGGAGCAGCAGCAGAGGAUUAAGGAGCUAGAAGAGCAGAGCCAGCAGCUGCAGCAGCAGCUGGAGGACAGCAGAGCUGCCUUGAACGAGGCGGAGGAGCGAGGCAGGGCGGCUGCUGCUGCUGCUGCUGCUGCUGCUGCUGCUGAGAGUAGUGUUGCAGGAGGAGGGAUGGGCGGAUUGGGAAGUGGGGAGGGUGGAGAGGGGAAGGUUGAUCUGGGGGCAGAUGGCGAUGAUGCUGAUGAUGAUGAGGUGCAGCGGUUGCGGCAGCUGGUGCAGCAGCAGAGGCGGCAGCUGCAGGAGAACGAGGAGUCGUUUGAGCGGUGGGAGAGGAGCUACGAUGAGAGUGAGAAGCAGGUGGAGUCGCUGAAGCGCAACCUCGAGCGCAUGGUGGCAGAUGCCGAUGCCUUCAAGGCUCGCACCCAAGAAGAGGCACAGAGCAGCAUUGCCGACAUGCAGGGGCUGCUUCAAGAGGCAGAGGAGGCAAGGCAAAGGGCGAGGCAGGAGCUGGACGAAGCGAACGAGCGUGUGUUGCAGCUGCAGAGCCAGGGGGCGCAGCUGGCGCAGCUGCAAGGAGAGCUGGAGGGAGUGAAGGGCAGACUGAUGGAAGCAGAGGACGCGGUGGAGACAGGGAGAGUGAGGGAGGAGGGGCUAAGAGGGGAAGUGGAGGCAAAGGGGGAGGAGGUGCGGCGGCUGCAGGAGGAGGUGGAAGAGAGGAGAGAGGAAGUGGAGCAGGCUGCAGCAGCGGCCGCCAUGCUGACCAGCCUGCAGCAGCAGGUGCAGGAGAAGGCAGCAGCCGUGGAGAAUCUAGAGGCGGCUCUCCGCCGCACCGAGGCGGACUUCCAUGAGAGUGAGAAGAUGUGUGACUAUCUCAAGACCAAGCUGGCCACAGUGCAGGCAGACCUGCAGGCACAAGUGCUGGCCUCCACGGACCAUGCUGUAUCUAGCGGCUCUGCCAUGCUGCAGCAGCAGAUUGACUCGCUUCAGGCUGCACUGGACCGCAAGGACAGUGAGCUGGACGAGGCAAGUGAGCGGCUGGCAGCAGCAGAGCGGCAGCUGGAGGAUGCCCGGGAGGUGGCGCGCACGCAGACAGAGAAGCGCGAACUGCAAGAGGAGGAGGUGGUGCGGGCGCGGCUGCACAUAGCAGUGCUUGAGAGGGAGAAGAAGGACUUGGAGGGGCUGCGAGCAGCAGCGGGGCCGGAGAUACAGGGCGUGCAGAGGGAGAAGGAGGAGGCGGAGGAGCGAGUGAGGGAGCUGGAGGGAAUUGUUGUGCAGCUCAAGACGAGAGAGAGGGAGCUGCAAGGCUCGGUCCAGUCAGGUCACAUCCAGUACCAGACACUUCAGGCCACCUUAUCUGCCAACGUUGCGGAGCUGUCAGCAGUGAACGAGCAGCUGAGACAGCAAGCGGAGACCCUCCUGUCGGAGAUCUCCGCGCUGGAGGACGCCAUCCGCCAGGUGGAGGCCAUGGACCAGCGCCGCCCGCACCACCGCGUGCGCCUGCUGCGGCAGCAGCGCGGCUUUGUGUGCUCCGCCUGCCACGUGCCGGGGUCGGGGCUGUCGUGGCGCUGCGUCACGCCGAGGUGUCCUGAUAGCUUCCACCUGCAGUGCCUUGUGGGGCAGCGGAACUAGGCCGAUUGGGUGUUAUGACGCGGGCGUUCCCCCUGUGCAGCAGCGCGGCUUUGUGUGCUCCGCCUGCCACAUGCCUGGGUCGGGGCUGUCCUGGCCCACUGCGUCACGGCCAGAUGUCCCGACAGCUUCCACAUGCCGUGCCUGGUGGGGCAGAGGAACUAGGCUGAGGAGCGCGUACUGGAACCCGAUGUGCUAUAGGCCGUUUGCUCUGCUUGCAAGUUGCCUGCCCAGAUGCCCCAACCCGACAGCUUCCAUCUGCAGUGCCCCGUGGGGCAGAGGAACUAGGAGGCCCAAUUGGGUGUUGACCUCUGGAUAUCAGGGUAAAAUAUGUUACCAAAUACUAGUUGGUUGUACUCACUAAAAACAUACCCCAGUCUAGCCUAUUACUUGUACACAACUAACAUGUAUAAGUUGACACACCCCCUA